UUGAAGGCAAUAUAUCGAAAAUCAGUUAUGUUUGACCGUUGACUGACGGGAUUGGGUAAUUCUUCUAGAUUUUGAAUCGGCGUUAAGAACGCUACAGAGAGAAAGAAAGGCUUCCAUGGUGGAUCUUUCAGAAGAUCCUCAGAAUCAAACCCUUUCUUUCGAUGGUCCUAAAUCCUCUGCUUUGGAACAGAUUAGCCGCCUCCUAAAGAAGGAACGAACGUCUCACAUUCUCCGCUUCCCAAGCCAAGUAUAUAUCUCUCUGUGUGCUGUUACCCGCCAAUUAUUUGAUUUUUAUUUACGACUGCUUCGCAACCUCACCUCCGAUCGAAUCGCGCCGGACAUGUCGCCGCUGAUAUCUCCUGCUGCUGCAGCAGCUAACGGCGACCUAGCGCCGCCGCUCAAUUUCUCUAUGGUCGAUUACGGAGUGUUUCGCUCUGGAUUUCCUGAUACUCAGAAUUUUCCGUUUUUGAAAACCCUAGGUCUCCGAUCGAUCAUAUAUUUAUGUCCGGAGACGUAUCCCGAAGCAAAUAUGCAGUUUCUGAAAGAUAAUGGCAUUCGUCUCUUCCAGUUUGGUAUUGAAGGAUCAAAGGAGCCAUUUGUGAGCAUCCCAGAUGAAAUGAUUCGCAAGGCACUACAAGUAUUGUUAGACGAAAGAAAUCGCCCCGUUUUAAUUCACUGCAAACGGGGGAAGCACCGAACUGGAUGCCUCGUCGGAUGCCUAAGGAAAUGGCAAAAUUGGUGCCUAGCCUCAAUUUUCGACGAGUACCAAAGGUUUGCUGGCGACAAGGCUAGAGUAUCGGACCAGCGAUUUUUGGAGGUGUUCGACAUCUCCUGCCUAAGGCAAAUUAAGUGCUCAAUUGACUCCCCCAUUGAUCCACAGGAAUCACUGUGUGGAUUAAAAAGGAGAUUAUGAAAAACACUGUAAUGCAUUUUUGGCAUAAGAAAACACAGUCCAAAGGAUUAUCAUAUUUUGAUUGCAACUUUUGA